AGAGGAUUUCUCGAUCGAGCGCGAGCGCGAGGACGAGGACGAUGCAGGCGAUUGCGAAUUCGCAGGCUCUGCUUGGCCGAUGGAGUGGUGGAUGUGGGAGUGGUGCUCUCGGGCGGCGUCGCGCCCAUGGACUCUGCGUUCGAUCUCGUCUCGACGGAACGCCGCGUGAUUCUGGAGAUGGCUGGGUUGUGGAGAAUGCGGAGACCGUGCGGAGCGUACCGCUGUUUGUCGGUGGUGGUAGCUUGGCUGCCAUUCUCCUCAAUCGUGCCUUUUCCGGGAUUUCUUCCAUUGCUGAUGCGUCCAGUGCGCAGUCGAGGGCAGAUGUACUGGCUCUGGCUCUGUCCGCUACGGUGGUGCUCACCGGCUUAGUGUGGAAGUCCAUCGACUCCAAGCCCCAGUCUCCUGUCGCAUUGAAUGGUGUCGAGUGCUUGAGAAUAGCCUCAUUCUUGCAAGCAGAUGUUGUACGGGAACUCAUAUGGUCGUGGGACUCUUUGGAGAAAGCAACCACCGCAACGACGAUGGUAGUGCUGUAUCGGAAUAGUUGCAUCUUACAGGCCGGCCUGGCUGCUGAGAGCAGAGACCAAGGGGUUCCUGAAAUCGUGGACGUCGACGGUGUUCUUAAAGGAUCUCUAUAUAAGGCGGUCAAGGAUUCGAAGAAGCAGAACUAUUUGGCGAAUCUGGCACUUUAUCCGGGCCGGUUCGAGCUUUCUUUCCUGCCAUCCAAUACACAGGCUGCUAUCCUUCAGCCUUUAGGCGACGACGGCAUCCUCAUUCUUGGGAGUAACACGCUUCGAGGUUUCGGACCUAAUGACCAAGGCUGGAUCGUCGCGCUCGGUGAAAAAUUGGACUCAGCGCUCGCAGAUGCCAUGUAGGACGAUAGUUGGUCUCCAGAAAUCAGGAAUUGCUCGGAGCAAUUCCGGAAUGUACCUUACUUGGAUUUUAUUUUAUAAAUACACUUGAUCGUUUGGACUCCUUUGUGAAUUC